AUGACCUCACUCCCACCACAAGCCUCUUCGUCCUCGGCACCAGCACCAGCACCGCCCCCAGCAGCUUCUUCCUCGUCUGCAUACCAAACACAGCUGCCUUCGGAAACAGAAGGCCCAGCCGCCUCGGCCCAGCAGAUCAAUCCUCACGUGUCCGUCGACAACACCGAAGACGACACCGACUCGGCGCUCGGCGACGACGAUGCCGCCAGCGACACCACGUCCAUCGCCUCGAGCAUCCACCGCGGCCGCUUUGAAAAUGGGCGCCGCUACCACAAGUACCGCGAGGGCGAAAACGACUACUGGGGCCCCAACGACGAAGUCCAAAACGACCAUCUCGACAUUGCCCACCACAUGUUUCUGAUUCUGCUCGGCCACCGCCUGCAUCUAGCCCCGAUCAAGGAUCCAAAACGCGUGCUGGAUCUCGGCUGUGGCACGGGCAUUUGGUGCAUGGAUAUGGCGGAUGAGCACCCCGCCGCCGAAAUCACGGGCAUCGACCUCUCGCCCAUCCAGCCCUCCUUCACGCCACCCAACUGCAAAUUCGAAAUCGACGACGUAACCCUCCCCUGGACCUACACGUCUCGCUUCGACUUCAUCAACAUCCGCUCCCUGUACGGCUCCAUCCACUCGUGGCCCGAUCUCUACACACAGAUAUACCACAACCUCGAGCCAGGCGGCUACCUGCACCAGCUGGAAAUGUCGAUCCAGUUCAAGAGCGACGACGGCUCGCUCAAGCCCGACCACGUGCUCUCGCAGUGGAGCGAUAUUUUCCACGAGGCCAGCCGCAGAUUCGGAAAGAGCUUCUAUGAAGUUUGGAAUUUGGUUAUGUAUAUGCGCAAUACGGGCUUCGUUGAUGUGCACGAGUAUUUGUACAAGGUCCCUGUUAAUAGUUGGCCUGCGGAUCCCCAUAUGAAGGAGCUGGGUCGCUGGAAUCUGCUGCAUAUUACCCAGGGCGCUGAGGGCUGGGGGCUCUAUUUGCUGACCAAGGUCAUGGGCUGGAGCGUUGAAGAGGCCCAGGUUUUCUUUGCAAAGUUCCGGAAUGGCGUCAAGGAGAGGCGCGUGCAUGCCUAUUUCGAGGUUGUCGUUAUUCAUGCGAGGAAGCCGUGA